AUGUUUGAUAGUACAGUUUCUGUAAUUGAAAAUAAACUUUCCACUUGGGAAGUUGAAGACAUCUCAGCUGUAAAUGAAGUUAAGAUGAAAGCUUUUGCUCAAGUUUCUUUACUUAAAUAA